AUGGCCAAGAAAAAGAACUUCCAGCCAAAUGGCUCACAUUCUGAGCACUUCGCUCGCUUCUUCAUCUUCAAAGCGCAAGAAGCCAAGGGCCUUGGCAUCUCUGCUCUUGAAGCUGAUUACUCUUGGGAGACCUACCUGAACGAGAACGAAGUCCAAGUCCAAGCUUGUGCUCAAGACCAUCCUGGGCCUGACGACGACACCACCAAGAAAGUGCGUUCGAAUUUCCACCGUCAAGCCACUGGCUUCAAGACUUGGCUUGUUUCCGGUGCUGGAUACCCUGCCUCCUUUCAACGCGACUCUGGUUUGACUGACUCUGGCCUCGCCGGUAGCUGUGCCAACAACCCCCAGCAACCAGGAGAUCUUGGAGAAGACAAUCCAGAGGGAGCAGCCAAAGAGCCCAAUCCUGAUCCGGACAUCCCUUUUGCUGGUCCACCUGACGCCGAGGAACCGGAACCACCCAAGAAGCCAGCCAAGAAGCAGCCAAAGACCAAGACCGAAGAGGAUCUCCAUGGUGCAUUCGAGAAUUUGGAUUUAGACUUGACCGAAACAGAUAUGAAGCUCAAGAUGUUUUCGCUUGAGGAGGUGAAGAUCCGCGGUGGUGUUGUGAAGAUGUGCAACAUCCUGGGAGUCCAGAUCCGUGUGCCCCCUGGUGCCGUGCUGACAAGGGCAGCUCCCUUUGCAAGCAGCGCUGGAAGGACCAGAAUGUGGAUUUGGCAGCCCGCAUUGCCACCCAGAUUGAUGAUGUGUGCUGGAUGGACACUGCUGCUGGUGUUGAUUAUGAGAAGGAGGAUGUAA